UUUAGCCAUCCGCAUCGUCAUCAUCACCAUCAUCGUCUCCGUCUCUCUCUCUCUAUCUCUCUCUCUCAAACUAACAGGAACAGUAGAAUUCUCAGUGGUUGCAUACAAGAAUUAACGAAGUUGUCGACAGAGAAAGCAUAGAGAAAUUCACGGAGUUUCGGUUGAAGAAUUGGAGAUGGCGGACAAUUAAGUAGACUGUAUGUGAGGAAUCCCGAGGGAAUUGGAGAGAUUGCAGUUAUGGAGAUAGCUCAUGUUGGUGUCAGGACGAGAGCCCAAGCUCUGGCCAUCGAGGCAAGAGCGAAUUCGGGACCAGUGAAGAAAAGGAAGCUCGGAGCUGCAGAAUUGAAGUUCUCUUCCUCUCUAGUUCAGCUUAGAAGUCGCCGCCGAGUGGCAAUUAAGAAGGAGAAUCCGGUUUCCACAGCAACUUCGUCAAAUUCUGGAAGACAGACGGCUUCGAAAGUUAGAUCCUCGAGCCCUAGCUCCGAUCAGGUUCAGGCUUCUUGUUGCUCGAGUAACGGUUCGAGCGACCUCGCGAAGGAGGUGCUAGAAAUAGUAGAUCUGGAGGAUGACAGCCGUCUUCAAAAGGAAAGUUCGACUUGUGAUUUCGACAACGGAGAUAGGAGAGAGUCCACGCCGUCCAGCGAGUUGCAAGGCGAAUCGGGAGAGCUAGAAUCAACCACAAGGCCAUUGGAGGCAAAUUCUCGCCGCAGAUCCUCGGCCGAGAAGAUGCCAUCAGCAACCGAACUUGAAGAAUUCUUCGCUGCUGCAGAAGAAGACCUUCACGAACAGUUUAAAAAGAAGUAUAACUACGACAUUGUGAAGGACGUGCCCUUGCAAGGUCGCUAUGAGUGGAUUAUGCUAAAGCCGUGAGGAAGAAAUUAAGGAAGAAAUUAAAGACAAGGCCUAGAAAUUGAGAAGACCACAAUGGAUUCUUCUGGAAAUUAAAUUUAGCAGCGCCAUCUAAUUUUAAUUUAAUUCUUGUUGGUCUAGGUCUUUUGUUCUCUUGUUGAUGUACAGUUCUCUGUGUCGCUCUCUCUCAGUGAAGUAGGUGAUCUGAUUGUUCUGAUACUGGACUGGUAUACGGAGAAGCGUCUGAGAAAUCCUGCUCGAAUAAAGGUUCAGUUAUCUCUUAGCCCUAAAUUACGUGUCUGUUGCUUCUCUGCUCUUCCGCCGGCCGGUACGAAUGCGAUAUUAAUGUCAGUCAGCUAUUUUAGCUUUUCCGUCUGCAAUUAAUUCACUUCUUCCAAAUUUGUAGACGAUUUCAUCAGUGAAAAGCGUUCCUUUGUUGAUUA